AUGCACAUAAAUUUGGAAUGGCAGCAACUGAAGGAUGAGGCAGCAAGCAUGAUAAAGAAGAUAGAGCUUCUUGAAGUUUCAAAACGAAAGCUACUGGGAGAAUGUCUGGGAUCAUGCACUAUUGAAGAACUACAACAGAUCGAACAACAGUUAGAGAGGAGUGUAAGCACCAUCCGAGCUAGAAAGAAUCAGGUUUUCAAAGAACAGAUUGAGCAACUAAAACGAAAGGAGGAGCUACUGGCAGCUGAAAAUGCCAGGCUGUCUGACGAGUGUGGUGAGCCGCCAAGGUCAGUCACAAGGGAAGAUAUUUUACUCCUUGAAGAACAGAGAGAGAGCAGUUCAAUUUUGCUCCUUGAAGAACAGAGAGAGAGCAGUUCAAUUUCAGAUGUGGAGACUGAAUUGUUCAUUGGACUACCAGAAACAAGAACAAAGCGCCUCACUCCAAGAAAAUAG